GAGAUCUCCGCUGGGUGCAUUUCAAGAUGAGGUUGAAGACAAAGGUGAUCAACGCGGGUCUUUUGAUCAAAAUGGCUGUCAGUGUGGAGAAAAUGGCAAAACGGUGGAUCUGGCAUUUUUCGCCAGACUACAUCCACUUUAUCGUUGGGAAGCAAGAUAUUAGCACGACGAUGCAAAUGUUUGGACAGAUAAAGGCGGAUCGCAUGUUCGAAGAAUAUGUAGUAGAAAGUGGUUUCGGAAACAAUAUCUGGAUUGAGCUAACCGGGGAGCAUCUUGUACGCGCGCUAAAAUCCAGCCAGCAAGCCUCUAAUGUCGCUAUGCGCUUGACAAAAAAAGAAGGACUACCCGUCUUAGCGUUGAGCAUUACCAACACGAGUCGUACAGGGAAUUGCGUUUUUCUGAGCCAAGAUAUUCCCGUAAGACCUCUGAAAUGGCAGGAAGCGGAAGAUCUGAAGCAGCCCGUUAUGAUGGAUUACCAAGUCCAUAUUCUCCUUCCACCAUUGACGGAUGUACGUACGAUUGCUGAGCGAAUGCGGCCGUUAGGAAACCAUAUUACUGUGUCGGCCAACAUGGCCGGGGACUUCCUACUAAAGGUUGAAACCGAUGCCGUUCGUGUGGAGACCACGUUUUCGGGUUUGGUCAAUCCUGAACUUGAUCCUGGUCACUGUGACGUCUCCCAACAACCAAGUCUCAGCCGGGACCGUCAAUCACUUGCGCAUGUCAGAGUUGACAUAAGGGAUUUUGUUAAAUUUCUGCAUAGUUCUGUGAUAAAUCCGCGUAAUGUCGUCUGUUGUCUGUUCGAGGGACAAGGAUUGAUUUUGUACGUGUAUCUGGGAGAGGGAACGGACGCCGACGAUGGUGCAUUUGUCUAUUACGUCCCAAUGAGAUCGCAGUGACGGCGAAGCAGCAGCAGAAGUGCGUGUAUAUUGUGUAUAUAUUACGACUCAUAACUUAAAUUAUAUGUAUAAACUGGCCUCCGGUUUCUCUGCGCUAAUAUACAGAUGUGUGUUAAGAUUAUGCAAGCAGGGCCUCCGGUAUCUGGUCGCGGGACGCU